AGUCCGCCGCGGGAGCUCGUCCCGUCCCGUGCCGACCGCGACCGCGCGCGUUCACACACACACACACUCACUGACGCCCCACGCGUCAUCGCUACCGCCUGCCGCCACCCACUGCCGCCCACGCGACCGCCGCAGCGCCGCGUCCUGGCCGCACCGCACAGCAUUCUGAAGGCGCGCCGCCAACACCGACGCAGCAGCAGCAGAGGCGUGGUGGAGAGGCCGCAGCAGCAGGCGCCAGUGGCCAGCGAGAUGCAGUGAGGCGCCGGCCACCCGUCCAGCCAUGGACACCGACGAGGAGGACGACCUCGACGACUGCCUACAGGCGCUGAACGGAGGCAGUUCUCGCCGCCAGCUGUGGGUGAAAGCGGUGCGCAAGAUCACCUCCCAGCGGCUGCUGGCCGUGCCUCCGCCCCCAGCCACACCGCCCCCAGCAGUCGCCGCCGGCGAUGUCCGCCUCACGCCGCUCAGGAGGGACUGUUCCGAACCAGGCGGGGACUCCCCAGCAGCUGGUGACGCUGCUGUUGCCGUUGAGGCGACCAGCCCAGCAGGUGAUGGCGAUCCUGAAGACCCUCUUGCUGCCACCACGUUGCCCGCCGCAGGCGGCGGCAGCGGCGGCGAGGAGGCGGCGCCGACGGCGUCCGGGGCGGUGUUCAAGCGCGGCAUGGUGUACCGCGGCAUCUACUGCCCCUCGCUGACCAACAGCUUCCGCGAGUCGCACCUCGAGCUGGCGUACCAGCGCUACUCGCACCGGCAGCGCCAGCGGUCGCUCAUCGUGGUCAACCUGGUGGACCUGCUGCUGAAGGCGGUGCUGGGCGGCGGCUGGGCCGUGCACACGGGCGCCGGCACCGUGCCGCAGGCGCAGAGCAUCGCCUGGACCGCCUGCUCCGCCUCCGCCAACGUGGCCGUCUGCGCGCUCGGCUGGUGGCGCUGCUUCGCCAACAACUACCUGCACUGGGCCGCCAUCUGCACCUGGUUGCUGCUCAACGCACAAGGCUUCGUGGGCGACGGCAUCGGCUUCCCGUACCAGGAGUACCUGGUGUGGUACGUGCUGUUCAUCGUGUUCGUGACGUACGCGAUGUUGCCGCUGCCGCUGCGCUGGUGCAUGAUCCUGGGCUGCGCCACCGCCGCCAUCCACAUCAUCACCUCCGCCUUCAAAUACGCCGCGCCUUCCAAGCAGGUGGUGGACCUGCACUCGGUGCUGCUGCAGCUGUGCACGAAUGCGAUGCUGUACGUGGCGGUGAACUUCGCCGGCAUGUACACCAAGUACCUGACGGACCGCGGCCAGCGCAAGGCCUUCCUGGAGACCCACCGCUCCAUGGAGACGCGCUGCCGCACCCAGAAGGAGAACGACCGCCAGGAGAAGUUGCUGCUCUCCGUGCUACCGGAUUUCGUAGCGAAGGAGAUGAUCAGAGACAUCUCCAAAGAAGAGGAGAAAGGGUCUUUUGUGCCAAAUCAGUUCCAUAAGAUCUACAUCCAUAGAUAUGAAGACGUGAGCAUCCUCUUUGCUGACAUCAAAGGAUUCACAGCUUUGGCGAGCCAAUGCAGCGCGCAAGAACUAGUUCGUGUACUCAACGAUCUAUUUGCACGAUUCGACAAACUUGCCACAGAGACACACUGCCUGCGCAUCAAACUUUUGGGAGACUGCUACUACUGUGUCUCUGGUUUGCCAAAAGCUCGUGCCGAUCAUGCUCACUGCUGUGUGGAGAUGGGGCUGCAUAUGAUCAAGGCUAUUCAGCAUGUACGUCAGAGAACACAGGUAGAUUUAAAUAUGCGAAUUGGCAUACACUCAGGUUCUGUUUUAUGUGGAGUACUUGGGCUGCGGAAAUGGCAGUUCGAUGUGUGGUCUUAUGAUGUAACUCUUGCCAAUCACAUGGAAAGUGGAGGUAUUCCAGGGCGAGUCCACAUCUCAAAGGCAACAUUAGAUUGUCUGAAUAAUGCCUAUGAAGUGGAGCCUGGAUAUGGUGAGACCCGUGAUAAUUACCUGAAGGAACAAGGAGUUGAAACAUUUUUAAUAAAGCAAGUGGAGCCUCUAAGACCACGGAAGAGAGUAUAUCAAGGACGUUAUUCAAGACCACGGCUGUGGUCGGAAGAUGAGAAGGCUGGGACAAUGGUUACUGUUAUCUCCAACAAUAACAACAAUAGUUCUGUCAUCACCACUGCUCACAAUAAUCAAUCGUCUAUAGAUGAUGAAACAACUACUGAUUGGCAACCAGAAAUUCCAUUUGGAAAUCUUGACUAUAGCAAUGGAGCUAUGGGAGAUCCAUUCCAAAAUGAUGAUACUGAUGAUGACGAUGAUGAAGCAGGUCACAAAUCACCUCCACCGGAUAUUCAUCACCUCACUAUGGCUGAACAAGUUGAUGAAAUCAUUGAUCACAGCAUAGAAAUUGAAAGCAAUAAAAGGAUGAGGGAUGCUAAUGUUAAUGCAUGGACGCUACAUUUUAAGGAUAAUUCUAUGGAAAAGAAGUUGUGUACAUUCAGCCCCAAGUUUGAUACAGAAUUUGGUCCCAGAUGUACUGGUAGGAAAUGGUUUUGUCAACUGCGGGAAGAUAUGUUCAAAUCCAACAUGCUGUGCUGCUUCAUAAUAUGGAUCUUUGUUGUUAUAUGCCAAGCUAUUAUCUUGCCAAGUUCGGUGGUACUGAUAAUGACACUGUCAGUGACAACUUUUCUGCUAACCUGUGCACUCGUUCUCGUAAUGGCUGAGGAAUUUCAGCAGCUACCUGUUGUCCUACAGACAAUGUCCAGUGUCCUCGUGCAUCACCGCAACAGACGCACUGCCUUCAUAUGUGGUGUUGUCGCUCUUAUGGCAGUCACUGCAUCUGUCAGUCUGGUCUGCUGUCCAACACAAGAAACAGAGACAGAAUACUUGCUAGGAAAUGAGUCAGCUCCCGUGGCAAUGGUAAAUAAGGUGGUUUCAUCAAUGGCCAUGGAGUUUGCUACUCAUGAAUAUACCUCCAGUAGUACUGGCAGACCAGCUGUGAAUGAAUCUAGAAACUCAACACACACUGCAGACUCAAAUGCAAGGAUAAAAAUGUUAAAUACUGUCACAACACAUAAACCUCUUGCUAGAAGGAGGAGGCAGCUGCAAAAUUUUACUCAGAAUAACACGACUGAUCAGCUUUCACCCAGAGAAAACUUCUCUCAUGUGAUAAAGGGCAAGAACAGAAGCAGUGAUCUCAGUGUCAAUAUGAAUUAUGUACAUAAAAAAAACAAAACCAAUGUUGAACUGUCAAGAGUGGCAGGGAAUGCAUCAGUAAGGACGUUCAGUAAUACUGAUGAUUCAAUGCACAAAGAAAUGUUUUCUAAUUCUCAGGACUGGGGAGAUAAAUCUGUUGUGCAGCAGUUAAAUAAAAUCAGAACUCAGGACAACACCAGUACGUCAAGUAACGGCUUCUCCUUUUUAAAGAAUCUGUCACUAAGUUUAAGUGAACGAUACCGGAGGUUGGCAGAAGAUCUCAUUUCUAGUGAUACAGUGAAAACAUUCCAUAAUAUGACAGUAAAUAAACUAUUACCACAUGACAACAGUGAAGCAGAAAAAUGUAUUCAUCCAGAAUACAUUGUUUUCACAUGGGUUUUGUGUCUCAUGGCUCUUGCAACAUCACUGAAGCUGUAUUAUCUUGUGAAGACUGCACUGGCUUUCACAAUGGUCACAGUAUUUUAUGUUCUCAUACUGGUUGCAUACCCAGAAGUUUUCUUUAUUGAACCAGAAGAAGAGUCAACACUACCACUUUAUACACAAAUGCUGGUGCUACUCACUGUUUUUCUGAUUAUGGUGAUAUAUCAUGCACGCCUUGUGGAAGUAACAUCAAGACUCGAUUUCCUCUGGAAACAACAGGCUGAACGAGAACUGGCAGACAUGAUGGAAACACGGCAAAAUAAUACGCAGUUACUGAAAAACAUUUUACCAGACCAUGUUGCGAAACAUUUCUUAUCUGAAGAUCGCCGAACUGAGGAGCUGUAUUCCCAGUCCCGUGACAAAGUUGGAGUGAUGUUUGCAAGUAUACCCAACUUCACAGAAUUUUAUUCAGAGGACAUAAACAAAGGAAUGGAGUGCAUUCGUUUGCUGAAUGAAAUUAUUGCUGACUUUGAUGAGCUCUUAGAUGAACCGCGAUUCAAGAGCAUUGAGAAAGUCAAAACAGUUGCAUCUACUUAUAUGGCUGCUUCUGGUCUAAACCCCACUCACAAGCCAGAUGAAGAUGAACUGGAACAUCUGUGUGCCCUUGUAGAUUUUGCUCUAGCAAUGAAGCAACGUCUUGAUGAUGUCAACAAACAUUCCUUCAAUAACUUUCAUCUCAGAGUUGGCAUCAGUUGUGGUCCUCUUGUAGGAGGUGUUAUUGGUGCUCGAAAACCUGUUUUUGAUAUCUGGGGAAAUACUGUAAACGAAGCUUCUAGGAUGGACUCUACAGGAACAAUGGGACAGAUACAAGCACCCAAAGAAACUGCAAUGAUAUUGGAAGCUAGAGGCUAUCAGGUACAACUCAGAGGGACAAUAGCAGUGAAAGGUAAAGGUGAUAUGGAAACAUACUACGUUCUUGGACGCCGUACGAGUAGAUCUGCAACAUUUACUAGGCAACCCAGUCAGUACAACAGCUUAGCUGCUGUUGUUUAUGGAAUGGUACAAGCAAGACGCCGCCAGACAAUCCGUAAGGGCAACACAUCAAGCAGCACUGCUGUUGGACGAGCACGAUCUCAACAGCAGAAGAAGGAUGGGAAUAAUAUUGCUGGAGGUGGAAUUGUUAACCGUUUUAAUAACUACAGCAGUGUUAGAUUAUCAGGACGUCCGACAUCAAAUUCUGCUCACAGAAGUAUGGGACGGGGUAGUGUGCGACAGCUAUCGGUUGAUCCCAAUGCAAUGCGCAACAACAGUGGUAUUUUGUGGAGUUUACAACAACAUCAGCAGCAUUCUUCUGCUCCACAAACACCACUGGUUUCUGAACACAAUCCUGCACAACAGAAACCAGCUGUUCCUUGUGUUGAACCAAAACUUGUCACAAAUGGCACCAAAGAUCCUCCAACCAUUCCUAGAUGAGACUUGUAAUUUUUGAUGCCAUGUCCUGGUAUGUGCAAGAAAUAUAUGUGGUUAACUCUCCAUCUCUAUUUAGUUGUGGACUCCUGAGUCAUUAAUUACAUCAAGAAAAACCAUUUAAUGACGUUGCAUACUUCUUGCUCUCGGAGUUCAGAUAAUGCCACUGGUCUGAGUUUGAAAUGUAAAAAAGUAGAGAUGAUAUAUUUUUGUAGUAUUUAAGUUUACAAAAUUAAUUUAGUACAAAACUUCUUGUGACACAUUCUGAAAUUUUACUUUUAAGGUAUCUUUUCUUGUACUUGUGUAGACCUUUUGUUAGCACUUAAUUUACUGUCUUUCCUUUCCACAGUACUUUUGUAUAUAGUUGACAUUAUUGUAAAAACAUUGUAUAUACUUAUUAUAUGUGGAAUAUAUACAUAAUUGUUAUGAGGAAACUUCCUGUUCAGAUGGACAGUUUUGAAUUAUAAAAGGUAACACAAUACAAAAUGACGGUAUAUUUA